AUGGUAUAUGCUGGCGUCCCCUCCCUCCCCGUCGCGUUGGGCGCACAAGGGCCCUUUCAGGAGCAGCAGCAGCAAGACCCACUGCAAGGACAAGACCAGGAGCAGCUGCUGAAAAUGCAGCAGGAGAAGCGUGAGCGACGCCGACAGAAGCAGCAGCGGCGGCGUCAGCAGCAGCAACAGGGCUUUUGCCGCCCUGAAUCGGUCUCUGUACCCCCAGAGCUACUGGGCAUCGCAUUGGAGAGGCAACAUGUCGACUCCAUCUACGCGAAAAUCGCCCCCCACUUCAGCCACACAAGGUUUUGGAGCUCACGUGAGGCCUGCAGGACCCAUUUGAUACGUGUGCGUGAAUCAUCAGAAGUCGCUGACGGAGUCAUUUGCAUUGCUGUCCUUCACCACUUGACCACUGAAGCGAGAAGGCAACAAGCUUUGAGGGAACUGGCACGCAUAACGCGCCCUGGCGGCCGCAUCCUGAUAUAUGUGUGGGCUCAGGAACACGAGGCGGGUAGCGUCGGAGAGCGCAAAUUCCCUAGCCAAGAUGUAUUGGUGCCCUGGGUGUAUCAAAAGCACUACGAUCAGGCUCGUGAGUUACGCAAGACAGGCGGCAGCGCUGCAGCAGCAGCUUCUGAGGGACCUGCGGCAGCUUCUGGCUCGCCGGCGUCAGCGUCUGUUGCGAGGGAGGAGACAUUCUAUCGGUACUACAGAGUUUUUAGCCGAGAGGACCUGCUGGGGCUAUGCGCUGAAGAAAAACGAGUGAAGGUUCUCGACUGCUACAACGACACUAACAACUGGGCGAGGGCCUGUAGAACGGGCCAACUGACUGUACCCCGCAGCGAAGGGAGCUGA